CGCCGCCCUUCCUCAUUGCGAGUUCUGGCCAACCAAGACAUAGCCAGUCCCAUGUCGAAUGAGGCGUCCGCCAACACCGCGUAUGACUAUACUCACUGUUGCCUUGUGCUAGUCUUGCUGUAAAGUCGGAGACUCAAUUGUAGCCUACAACAUCUGCAGCCUGGCGGAGUCAUCCUCCUGUUUGAUCAACUUUAAUGAAGUCGUAAACUCGGACCUUUUUCUUGGGCAUGCAAUUUAUUUUAUCCUCAUGAGCAACCAUUUGGACGUUUUCUUGGCACUCGACUCUGAACCUGACUACGACUACGACUCCGAACACGACGAUCGACGCCAACAUCUUCGGUAUAUACGAGCCCAACAACGGCGAGCAGCUGCAUCGCAAUACGAGCGCAGAAUGGCGCGCUCAAGGCAGAACCAGCAGGACUCGGAGUCGGAGGAUGAGCAGGUCUCCGUUCCUGAUCAGAAGGGAUCAAUGCCGGUCAACGGGACUACCGUCCCAGGCGAUCCAUCUAAUGAGCUUCCCAAAGAAGAGAAGCUGGUAAAGCUUGAUCCGGCGGAAGUUGGCAUGUCUGUUGGGUUGAAACAUCUCUACAGCGGUAAAGAGGACAAGCGUGGACGCUUUCAGUGGCAGACAACGCUACCCGAAGACCUUGGCAAGCCCGCCGAAGACGCGGAGAGCGAGAAGUGGGCCAUCAUCGUCCGCCAUGUCAAGGUCUACAAUGACCCAAAGAAGGUCCUCAGCUUACACUCUAUCGUCGUCCAGAGCCCACUUUUGAAGGAUCUGCUGAAGGAUGUACUGGCUGGCUACCCUGGCGUCACUGUCGGUCUGAAGCGUCUAGAACUCUCUGGACGGUUUGAGCCGCUUAUACAUAGAUGGCCAGAGCUAGAGGCUGCGAUCGACAAGCUUCGUCAGGGGAAGAUUCCUUCAAGCGGCGACGAGCAGGCUGGCGAAAGACUGAAACACGCUGAGCUUCUGCAUGACCUGCUUGAAAAAGAGUUCAAAGACACCAUAGAUGCAGCUACGGACCUUCGCAAGGAGAAAGUCAUGACCUACGAACACAUGUGGACCCUCUUCCAGCCUGGCUCGUUCGUCUUCAGCAAGCAGCAGGGUCAAGACCGCGUGUUCCGCUUGCAUUCUUCGAAGUAUGGUCAAGACCGUAACGGAAAUCCCGUAUAUUGGUUGACCUGCCAGUACAUCGAUUUUGACGGCACACGCUUCGGAACGAACAAGCUCAACAUGUCGAUUCCAGCAUUUGAGGGCACCCGGCCGAUCACCAACCUUCCUACGCUACCACUGGAGUUUUAUGGGGACAAAGACGAGCUGAGAAACAAACUCAUCCUGCGCGGCGGUAAGGUGGAGGCGCUUGCUGGAUCUCAUUAUCGAGCCUAUAACGGCGUCGGUUGGCGGCUUGGCAACAUGGGUGUGAAGGAAAAAUACACGGUGAAAGGCCGGAUCGUCAUUGACACUCAUGGCUGGAACCGUUUCAACCCAAACAUGUCAAUCUUUGUCACGGCUCUUCACAUCAAGGAUACACCCUUAGCUGCUGGCAUAGGCGGCGGAAUCGCGAAUCACGGCGAUUACGGUGGCGAAGACGAGUAUGACGAAGGCUACGAUGACGACGAUGGCGGCAUGCCCGCUGAUGGCUUCUUUGCUGAUGAAGAGGACGAAGAAAGCAAGCGUGUGACACUCACGGAUGAGCAGCGGAUGAUCUGCACGCCCUUGGUCCGCGGUUAUGCUCUCAAGGAGAAGCUAUGGCUCCAGCUCUUCGUCAAUGCCGUUCAGGAUAUCGAGUUCAACACUCGUGCUUUUGACAGCUUGGUGCUGCCUGCCAAUCAGAAGGAACUGGUGCUCAGCUUCACGGAGACCCAACAGUCUUAUCGCAGCCAAUUCGACGAUGUCAUCGAGGGUAAGGGGCGCGGCAUCAUCCUCCUGCUAUGCGGCCCGCCAGGAGUGGGCAAGACUCUCACUGCCGAAUCUGUGGCAGAGCAGAUGAAGGUGCCCUUGUACAUGAUGUCUGCGGGCGACCUGGGCUUGGAUCCGCGACAUGUCGAAACUAAGCUGCAAGGCAUCCUCGAUAUGUGCACAAGGUGGAACGCUAUUCUUCUCCUCGACGAAGCUGACGUCUUCUUGGAAGAGCGGUCACUGCAUGAGCUGGAGCGAAAUAAGCUGGUCAGCAUCUUCUUGCGUGUUCUCGAGUACUACGAAGGCAUCAUGUUCCUCACGACCAACCGUGUGCAGACUUUCGAUGCAGCGUUUCAAAGCCGAAUACAUAUCAGCCUUCAGUACAAAGAACUGGAUGCAAAGAGCAGGCGGACCGUAUGGCAAAAUUUUCUUGACCAGCAUGAUGUUGCGCAGGCUGCAGCCCGUGAGCGGCCACAGAAGGCUCUCGUCUCGGCCGCGAAGCCACCGACCACGCAUCCUAUAGUCUCACCUGUGCAGGUCAAUGGCGCUGAUACCGCUGAAGGGACCGCUGAUGAGCAGACAAGCAAAGAUGCUCAGGAGCGGCAUCUCAAGCGUACAUUGCCACACGUCAUCACCGCGAAAGACCUUACACAGCUGAGCGACAUGAAUAUGAACGGGAGGCAGAUCAAGAAUAUCCUUAAGACGGCACAACUCCUGGCGAGCAAGCGUGGCGAAGGUCUUGCAUUGCACCAUGUGCGUCAAGUCAUGGACCUGACACAGCAUCUGCAUAAUAGUACUCAGGAAAACGAGCGAACGAAGUCGAGCAUAUUCUAUUGAAGAACGGCGGAAGGGCGGUAACGGCAAUGGGAUAUCCGCCCGCAAACGUCGUUCGGGAUUGUUGUUUGGCUGAGAGUUCGGCGUUAAUUGGCAGCGGUUACGCAGAUAGCGUGGCGUUGGUGUGCCGGAGAAGCGAGCAUGCAUAGCGAACGGCGCAUGGGCACGUAAGACGGACUAGGGUGUGUCAUAGUAAUGAUGCCUUGGCUGAGGGACUGAGUAGGAUCUGGCAAUGCUACUCGACCUGCCGCGAGUGAUACUGGUUCUGCUGCCUGCUGAUGUAUAGUGCCUUUCACAGUCG